AUGGUGCUCGAGGCUACCAUGAUCGUUGUCGACAACAGCGAAACCAGUCGCAAUGGUGACUACCUACCCAACCGCUUCUCAUCACAAUCCGAAGCCGUCUCACUCAUCUUCAACGCCAAAACAUCUUCAAAUCCCGAAUCUGCUGUCGGCCUGUUGUCCAUGGCCGGUACAGGUCCUACAGUUCUCAAUACACCCACUACAAACUUCGGUGCCGUCCUCGCAGGCCUGCAUGAAACCAAGAUCAAAGGUCAUAUCCGGUUAGGAACUGCAAUCAGCGUCGCAAUGCUGGCCCUCAAGCACAGAGCAAACAAAGCACAACGGCAACGAAUCGUCGUCCUGAUCUGCAGUGCACUGGACCCUAAGUUUGGAGACAAGAACGAUACUGAGAAAGAGUUGGUCAAGCUGGCCAAGAAGUGUAAGAAGAACAAUGUCUCGGUGGAUUUCGUCGCAUUCGGCGAUGCCAUCGAGUCCAGCACGAGACCCAUCCUGGAGAAGUUCAUUGAGGCGGUCGGUGGAUCAAGCGGUGAAGGAAACUAUCUGGCAAUCGUUCCACCUGGGCCCGGUUUACUGAGCGAUAGUCUUAUCACGACACCCAUUGUCAACAUGGGAGGUGACAUGGGACAGGGAAGCGGUGGCAUGGAAGGUGUUGAGACCAGCGGUGGAGGUGGCAAUGGCUUUGAGUUUGGAAUCGAUCCUUCAGCCGAUCCUGAACUUGCCAUGGCGUUGCGCAUGAGUAUGGAAGAGGAACAGAACAGACUCGAAAGAGAGCGGAGAGCACGCGAGGAGGAAGAACGACGAAAUGCUGACAGAAUGGAGACCAUCACCGAGGAGGGUCAGGGACAGCACUCAACAAAUGGGGAGACCCAGGACGCUGAUAAGUCAAAGCAGCCGAGGGUGGAGGAUGAUAAGAAGGAUUGA